CACCCAAUCUCUCUUUCCCCUGACUUGCUCUCUCGUUCGCUCACAGGCAGUGUGCGCAGCAAACCUACGAGACGGGUAUUUUUUCCAGCCGCGGUAUACCUUCGCUUGACAUACCGCGUGCUACCAGAUAGGAUAUAUACUUUUUUUUUUUCCUUCUCACCCUCGCGCUGGAGGUGUUAUAUGUGUCUUUCUCCCUCCCUCAUUUAUCCCGUGCUUUUUUGUCUACCGAGUUGUGUUCAGUUUUAUAGAACUGGGUGAAGAAUUUUGUCCCGAUUGUCUUCGUGUAUUCUUACCAUGUUACCUCUCAGCUAUGGGUUGGAAGUGAUACACUUCUUGGAGCAUCCACACCACAACCGACCGGCUCUUCGGUCUCCAGAGUUGAAAAGAUUAAAGCCUGAUGAGACUCUGGGCCAGCUGGAAGGAGAAGCCAGUGCAAGUCCUACCAGCAGGAACAAGCCAGUGGAAUUGGUUUUUAAAGAUGUAUGCGUAUCACACGAUGGCAAACAAAUCCUCAGGGAUAUUAGUGGACUGGUCAGACCCGGGGAGCUCCUUGCUAUCAUGGGACCAAGCGGUUCAGGGAAGACAACACUCCUUAAUGCAAUUGGGGGUCGAGUACACAUGGACAGUGGACUCGUCACGAUGAAUGGAGAGGAGUUGAAUAAGCAGCUACGCAGAAAAAUAUGCUAUGUCCUCCAACAAGAUGUUUUUUUCACAGAUCUCACACUCAGACAGACUCUCAUAUAUUCUGCUUUACUGAGGCUACCUGACACCAUGCCUUACUCGGAGAAGAUACGGCACGUGGAAUGCAUCAUCGACGUUUUGGAUCUCAGGAGUUGCCAAGACACAAUUAUUGGUGACAUGUUAAAAAGAGGUCUUUCUGGUGGUGAAAAGAAAAGAGCCAACAUUGCUUGUGAAUUACUCCAAAACCCAUCACUUAUGCUUUUGGAUGAGCCUACAUCAGGCUUGGAUUCAUGUACUGCUCAUUCCUUGAUGCUUUCCUUAAAAAGACUGGCCUCUGAAAACAAAUCGCUUGUGGUAACUGUUCACCAGCCAUCUAGCCAAAUAUUUUACAUGUUUGAUAGACUGUUGCUGCUUUGUAAUGGGCAGGUUGCAUAUUUCGGUGAUGCUAGGAAAGUUGUUGAUUUUUUCAGCCAUUUAGGGAUGCAAAUUUCUGCUCAUUAUAAUCCAGCUGAUUUUAUAAUGGAACAAGUUAAGAAAGGAGCUGAAGUUCAAGAAAAAAUCAUCACAGCAGCUAUUGAACAGAGGAAAGAUCCUGAUUAUCCAAAAGAACUGCAAGAAGAUUUUUAUUGUCCAUCAGUAGUCAUUGAAUCAUCUGCACCUUAUGGAGGAAAUGGAAAAUCUGUGGAAUGUCUGCAUUGUCACAGGCAAAUGUGGCCUGAUUUAAAUCACAGAAAUGAAGAUAGUUGUGAACCAUGCUCACAUUCUUUGGUUUGGAAUAUGUCUCAUGAAUCCGUGGAUCAUUCACAGCCAGUUGAACUCCGAGUUAUGAUAGACCCUGAUAAGAAACUUCCUACUGUAUAUAGUAAAGUUGAAUCAAGAGAUGAUGAUGAUUCUGGACGAUCCUCCUGGUCUGAGGUGGCAAGUUCAACAUUUAGCAGUGAGGUAGACUUAAAAGAAGAAAGAAAGUGGCCAACCUCUUUUUGGACACAAUUAAAAGUACUCACUCAGCGUAACUUUAUGGAAGCACGAUCUAGAAUGUUAUCCAAAUUGAACUGGGUGCAAACAAUUGGCCUAGGAAUUGUGUGUGGCCUCAUCUGGUACCAAAUUCCCCGAGUUGAAUCUUCAAUUGCAGAUAUCAAAGGAUGGAUGUUUUUUGGCACAACUUAUUGGAUGUUAUUUGCUCUUUUUGGAUCCUUAAUUUCAUUUCCACCUGAAAGGGAAGUCAUUAAUAAAGAGAGGGCAUCUGGAGCUUAUAGACUAUCUGCUUAUUAUAUUGCGAAAAUGAUUGGAGAACUGCCUCUUGUAAUAACACUGCCAACAGCUUUUCAUUUGAUCUCUUAUCCAAUGAUGGGUUUCCAUUCCAUCCAAACAUUUUUCAGCCUAUGGGGAUUUUUAUUAUUGAGUACCGUUGUAGCUCAAAGUGUGGGAUUAUUUGUUGGAGCAUCUUGUGUAGAUCUUCAAGUGUCCGUCACCGUCUCUGCAUUGUUUUCUUUAUCAACUAUGUUAUUUGGUGGAUAUUAUGCAUCUUCAUUGCCACCCUGGUUACAGUGGUUGCAGUACUUUUCCAUGGUACACUAUGCAUUUCAAAAUAUGCAGAUUGUUGAAUUUGGAGGAGGGCCACCCAUCAGAUGUGCUGAAAGAAAUUCACUUUAUGAAAUAUGCCGUAAGAGUAACACUACAGCCUUCAUUCCUGUUGAUCACAUUGUUCACCAGCAAGGACAGCCACUUUCGAUGUGGAUCAACACAGUCAUUUUAUUACUUUUUCUCAUCGUAUUUAGAUUAAUGGGCUAUGCUGUGCUGCGAUAUGUGCGGAAACCUAAAUAAUAUUGGUAGAAUAAUGUUUAAAAUGUUUUGCAACCACCGAAAUGUUUAUUCUCAAGUGCAUGCACACUGUCUUCAGUCAAGAACUCCAUUGGACUCAUUGAUGUGAUUAUGUGGUAAACUGAUGAUUAAAAGCAACAUAUAUUAUACAGACUAUAACAUCAAUAUAUAUAUAUAUAUAUAUAUGUAUGUAUGUAUAUGUAUAAUAUAUAUAUAUAUAUAUAUAUAUAUAGAUAUAUAUAUAUAAGUUUGGAUAAUUAUAAUUAUCAGUUUUGCCCAGAUUAAAAAUGUGCUAGAUAGAUGCCUCAGGAAACAUGACAAGUUAACAUACAAAUAGAUGAGGGGAUUUUUCUAGGAAUUGAUGUGUGCGAUUAUUAUGCAUUGCACUGCUCAUUUUUGAUGUUCACUAAGUGAACCAAGAAACAUACUACUUUUAAUUAUUAAUGUCUAGCCAUUGUGAUUCUUCUCUGUUUUAACGAUAUUGUACAGAACUGUGAACAAAUGGAUAAUGAUAACAAUAUAUAUUAUUAGAUAAUAUCUGUACUUGUGUGCCAAAUAAAUAUAGAACAACACAGCAAGGCCCAAAACCCAAUGGUGUAUGAAAAAUAUCAGUGCUUGUGAUAUAAGGAACAACACCUUAGAUAGGUUGUUCAUAAAAUGCCACGAACUGCUUUCUUGAAUCCUGGCAAGUGUAUUUUCGUCGAAUUCUUUGUGUGUGAAUGAAAGCAAAGAAGUGAUGUGAGGCAAGUAUUGUGUUACAAGAAGUUUGGUGGCUAAUUCUUUUAUGUUGUGUAAUGGUCUCGGUUAUAUUUUCACAAUAUUAAGAGGCUGUUUGAUUAAAUACUUUUCAAGAAAGUGCACAAACUUGUCCUUAGAUACAUAUAUAUAUAUAUACAUUGUUCAUGAUAUAAAUAUAUUUGAACAUUUUAUUAGAUGUUUCAUCUUCAUUGCAUUUUCUAAGUUCAAAUUGUCAUAAAUCAUAUCUUAAGAAUUCAUUUUUGCACUUUGCUGUAGAAAAACUGCAUUUGUUUUUGUAUGGACUAACUUUGCAAAAAAGUUCCGCUUAAGUCAUUCAUUUAUGAAUUAUGAUUGAAACCUAAAAUUCUUGGUGGAUUUGAGUUUAAGGUUCAGAUUUUUUUUUAAAUCAAGUAUUUGGGGGCAAAUCAAAAUUUAGUACCUGGAUAUCAUUUAUUUUCAAAGUUGAUAGUUGGAACUGUAAAGUUAAAUGCAAUAAAGUUUUAUCCAUCUUGGUGAAAGCAGAAAACUAUUGAUAAUAGUUUUUUCUUGCAGUCACAAAAAACAUUAUAGUCUUGGGGGAAGUAUUUUCAUGAUUUGAAGUUGGCAUUGAUAUCGUCACAUAAAACUCUGUAGUGUCAUUUCAGUAAUGUGUUAAUGUUGUAACAAUUAGUGUGGUUUGUAUACGUAUGUAUGUUUAUAGUAUAUUUAUGUGUGUCUGUCUUUUUAAAGUUCCAGAGAGCAAGUGCCUAUGUAAUUGUGGUGAUUUAUUUAUAUGACCAGUUAUUAGAACAGUAUAGCUUUAAUUCUUUGUUUUAUGUGCACUGGCUGCAACAAAUAAUGUUGUUACAAAACAACUUUCCACUGUUUCGAGUACAGUUUUAAUGUUUCCAAAUUGAAAUGAAAUAAAAUUUCAUACUUUGAUGAAAAAUUAUUUUAAUAAAGAUAUUUUUAUAAGUUUAUAUUAAUUACAAAAAUGUUAUAUUUUUAAGGUAUUCAAAUGAGAAUGAUUUUCUCAGAUCUUAUUUUAGUAAGAAGUUUUCAAAUAGUAUUGUACAUUAAAGAUUUCAUUUCUAUUUUCUGUUUGAAUUAACUAUAAAAUAUUUUCAUAGAGAUAUGGGAAAUGCAGAUUAAUUUUAAUUAGUUAUUAAAUAUAUACUAAAUGAAAAUUUCAAAAAGUUUUUAUCAGAUAGGAGCAGUCUCUUGUGAAAGCUAGAUUAACGUUCCUAAUAUUGUGAUAUCACCAUAUGAGGUGCUACUGGGACUGUUUUCUAUUAUCAUUUAAGCUGUGACACCAAAUUACAUACAAAAUAUUUGUCAUUUAAAAUAAUAUUUAAUUUUUCUUAAAUCUUUUUUUUUUUUAAAUUUUAUUUAAGAGGCAUGAGUCCUGUAUAAAAUCAAAGAUUGUAUAUUUUGUAUUUGGUUUCUGUACAUCUCCUGACUAACAGUUAUUUUCUGUUUUCAUAACAAAAAAAAAUAUGUUUCUCUAUAUUCCAGUAAGCAUUAUGAUUUAAAUUAUUUUCUUAUUAGUUUAAGCUAUAAUGUCCAUUCUGAUUUUUCUAUAGCAUUUUUUCAAAUUAAUUAGCUUUUCAAAAAUUCAUUUUUAAUAGACUUUUGCACAGUAAAUUUAUUUCAAUGGCCUACUGUUCAAAAACUUAUUUUUAUGCCAUAAAAUAUUGAGAGAAUACAUGUCCAAUGAACUAUACAGACUUGAAAAAAUAAAGAAUUCACUGCAUCAAAUUGAUAUUGCAAUCGUGUAUACCCGUUUGUCAUGUGAUAAUAUUUAUAAAUAUAUUGCACUGCUCUAGGCAGUAAAUAUUGUAUAUAGUAUUUACUUGCAAAUUUAUAUCUGCUCUUUUUUUUUCCUCCCAUAAAAAGUAUGAUUAAAAUUUUUGUAACAUUAUUUCGUGAUACACAUUUUACAUUUUACAAGUUAAAAUGUAAAAAUAAGCACUGACUGUCUAACUUGAUGGUUCAGACUUUUGGUUGCUAUAAUUUUCUGCAUCUUUUCCCAUAUUUUUAUUCAUAUUUAUGCAAAGUUUAUAUUAUAUUUUCAUGAAGUAUAUUUAAAUUUCAUGCACUGCUUAUAAAGAAAUAUUUUUUGGUUGUAUGCUGAAAUUUUUGGCUCCAUGAAUAAGAACUGUGUAUGUGAAAGGUGGCCAGAAUUGAUUGUGAUUGAUAAUGUUCCUUUGAGUGUUUGUAUCUGCUUGUGUGUUGAUCUCUGUAAAGGAAAAAUAAUGUUCAAUGACCAGAUUGAUGUAAUAAUAUGUGCUUAUUUUUAAAUCAAUGUGUUUUCAGAAGUUAUUUUUUAGGUUUUAUUUUUAUGUCAUCAUUAAAUGUAGUAAUGGGUUGUUGAUUUUUUUUUAAUCUAAUAAAAUUUCAUUUUUUUGGGGGGAUUUUUUUUGGAAGGGAUUCAAAAAAAAAUGAGCGUCAUAAAAUUUAAUAUGUAUUUAUGAAGUUACACUGGAUUAAAUGUUCAUGAAUAUAAGAACUGCAAAUUUAAUCUAGGGUCAAUAAUAUAUGCUGCAUGUUUAAAAGAAAAUUCAUAUUUUCUAUUUCUCAUUUUUUUCCUUUAAAAAAAUGUAAUGAAUCCUCUUGCCCCUCUAAAACAAUCACCUCUAAAAAUGACCAGUAUUUAUGAGAACAUUAUAAAUCUCAGUAUUGAAUAUCAUCUUUUUAAGAUACUCUCUUCCACCAAAGACCAAAAAUUACCUGGAACAUAAAGUGGAGGUCUUAAAGAGAGUUCAUUGUAUGUAUAAUACAUCAAUCUGGUUUUAAAAAUGCCCCUUAUGCAAAAAUUUUGUAGUUGGUGUAUUUCAAAUUUUUAUAUUGGAGUAUGUUCACAAGAAAUGAUGCAGUCACUGUAGUUUAUUGUGAACUAUGUGAUUAAUCUAACUGAUAGGUUGUGCUUUGUUAUUUUGAGUUGGUUAUAUAUAGACAAAUAUAAAUUUGAUUGUUUACUGUUCUUAAACCUUUGCAUUUCUCGAGAAAUUUUAAAAAGUAAUAUACUGAAAUUGAAAUACUAUUUAAUAUAUUAAGCAAGUUAAAUUUUUAUUCGAAUAGUUCUUAAUGAAUAAAUUAUUUGUCUUUUGCAUGAAAAUUCAGAUUAAAAUUCUUAAAAAUCUGAUAUAGAUUUCAUCUUUAUUUUGCAUAUGGGCCAUUUGAUUCAUUUCUCUAUCCAAGAAUGUAAACAUUAAGAACAUUUCUCUCUUAUAAAAAUCUGCCCAAUGUUUAAUUUCACUUAUGCUUUUUUAUAGUGUUUUAUAAGUUUUUACAUAUUAUUGUAAUUUAAAAAUUAUGCCCUCUUCAUUACACGGUAGCUAAAAUAUAAUUUUAAUAAUUAUCGAUUAAAAUUUAAUGCCACCUUUUCUUUAUAAUCAUUCCAUUCUUAAGAAUUUUUAAGUUACCAGUUUCAGUCACUAGAUGACAGCACGUGGAUAUAUUUCUUGUUUAUGUAAUGACCCUUGCAUUACAUGACUAUCUAACUGCCCUAAGGUAUUUCUCUUCAUACCUUUUCAAUUUUUAUAAUCAUUCCAUAAUUAAGAAUGUUUAAGUUGCCGAUUUCAGUCACUAGAUGGCAGCACUUAUGACAAACUUCUUAUUUACACUGCAUUAAAUGAAUUUUUAACGGGCCUCUUUCUCUUCAGAAUAUUUCCUGUAAUAUUUUAUGAGAAAUCCAUAUAUAUUUACAGAUAUUAGUAUUUCAUUGUUACCAGAAAAGUACAUAACCAACAUCAUACAUGUGGAAUGAUUUCGUGUAAUUCUUGCAUAAUUCUUAACUAAUUAAGCAUCAUAUUCUUAACUAUCUUACGACAGCUGUAUUUCAUUCCUUGUUGACACGCACAAUGGAAAUUCUGUGAUUUUUUCCCCCUAAUAUGUCUUUAAUUUCACUAAUAUAUACUUGGUAACUAAUUCUUCCCUUUUAGUUAGCCAUAUUUUGAUCUUGUUAUUUCCCAGUGUGGCUAAUUUUAUUUAAUUAUCAAAAUAUCGAGAACAUUACUGUAAUUCGAUUAAUAAUAUUUCUGAAGGAAAAUCUGAAAAGCAGUGUAAAAGAGACUUGAGUGUAAUUAGCAAGAGCUGAAAUACUUUCUGUUGUUUCCAUACUGAUAGCUCACAUGCAUCAAAUGUUAUUUCUAAAUGUGGCCUAAAAAUCAUACAAUGAUGAAAUGAGUUCUACCAUUAAACACUGCCUUUAGAUAGAGGGCCAGCCUUAUUUAUAAAUUAUGUGUUUCGUCUAUGUCGUAUUAAUUGAAAUCAUUUGUUCUCUUUUUUAUAUAAGUAUUAAAGUGCUCUUACUUCACAACUG